AUGUUGCGCACGAUCGCCCUCUCUAAGCCCCUCGCUGCUACCCUCAGCAAGAUGGGUCCCCGUGCUAUGAGCACUUCCACCAUCGUGCCUCAGGUUCAGGAUGUCCCUUGCUCCAAGCUUGGAGGUCGCUACACCGUCACCUUGAUCCCCGGAGAUGGUAUCGGUCAGGAGACUGCCGCGGCCGUCAAGACCAUUUUCAAGGCCGCCAAUGUGCCUGUCGACUGGGAGCAGUUUGAUGUCUCUGGAUACACCUCUGCUGAUGACACGACUUUCAAGCAGUCUGUCGAGUCUUUGAGACGCAACAAGGUUGGUCUCAAGGGUAUUCUCUACACCCCUGUUUCCUCUCUCGGUCACUCUUCCUUCAACGUCACCAUCCGCAAGGAUCUGGACAUGUACGCCUCCUUGGUUGUCUGCAAAAACAUUCCCGGCUACCCCACUCGCCACGAGAAUGUUGACUUUGCCAUCAUCCGUGAGAACACUGAGGGAGAGUAUUCUGGUCUUGAGCACCAGUCUUACCCUGGAGUCGUUGAGUCGCUCAAGGUCAUCACCCGCACCAAGUCUGAGCGCAUUGCCCGCUUUGCGUUCGACUUUGCCCUCCGCAAUAACCGCAAGAAGGUGACCUGCAUCCACAAGGCCAACAUCAUGAAGUUGGCUGACGGUCUCUUCUUGAACACCUGCCGUGAGGUCUCAAAGGAGUAUGCUAGCUCUGGCAUCAAGUUUGACGACAUGAUUGUCGACAAUGCCUCGAUGCAGCUUGUUUCGAGGCCCCAGCAGUUCGAUGUCAUGGUUAUGCCCAACUUGUACGGAAACAUUGUCUCGAACGUCGGUGCUGGUCUCGUCGGCGGACCCGGUAUUGUUCCCGGAUGCAACAUUGGUCGCGAGUAUGCCAUGUUCGAGCCUGGCUGCCGUCACGUCGGAAAGGACAUUCAGGGACGCAACACUGCCAACCCCUCGGCCAUGGUCCUCUCGUCCGUUAUGAUGCUCCGUCACCUCGGCCUGGAUGACCAUGCCAACAAGAUUGCCAACGCUGUGUCGAAGACCAUCAUGAGCGGUGCUGUCAAGACCCCUGACAUGGGCGGUUCCAGCACCACAACCGACUUUACGUUCGCCAUCAUCUCGAACCUGUAA